GGGGCUUUGGGCUCAGCCACAGAUCCCAGAGACGGACCCGGGAGCUCCAGGUUCUGUUGGUCGGGAUGGCGGAGCGGGAUGACGCCACGUACGAAGACGAGGCGAAGGAGACGGUGGAGGAUGUGAAGCCCCCAGCCCCCAAGCCCCCUCCCCCUGUCCGGCGCCGGUCAUCUGCCAACUACAAGGCCUAUGCCACGGAGCCCCACGCCAAGAAAAAAUCCAAGAUCUCCGCCUCCCGGAAACUGCAGCUGAAGACCCUGAUGCUCCAGAUUGCCAAGCAGGAGCUAGAGCGGGAGGCAGAGGAGCGGAGCGGGGAGAAGGCUCGGUUCCUCGGGGAGCGCUGUGUCCCUCCUGACGUGUCCGGGCUGGGGACCCCCGAGCUGCAGGAACUGUGCCGGACGCUCCAUUCACGGGUGGACAAGGUGGAUGAGGAGAGAUAUGAUCUGGAGGCCAAAGUCAGCAAGAACGUGACUGAGAUCGCUGACCUGACGCAGAAGAUCUUCGACCUCCGCGGCAAGUUCAAGCGGCCGGCGCUGAGGCGGGUGCGUAUUUCGGCGGACGCCAUGAUGCAGGCGCUGCUGGGAGCUCGGUCCAAGGAGUCCAUGGACCUGAGGGCCCACCUCAAGCAGGUCAAGAAGGAUGAUGCUGAGAAGGAAAACCGCGAGGUGGGAGACUGGAGGAAGAAUAUCGACGCCCUCAGUGGCAUGGAGGGAAGGAAGAAGAAGUUUGAGACCUCUGGAGGGGCCCAGGCCUGAGUUCCCCAGCCUUCCUGGAACCCCGCAUCCAUCCCCCCAACUCCCGGGAUCCCCAAGAUCUUCCCGUCCACUCCGAGACCCCAGAGGAGAGGAAACCGGGAGAAUAAACCUCCUCCCUGAC